AUGGCGGAGCAGAUUGGCACAGAGAAGCAGUGGAAUUGGUCCGCUGGUGCUGGUGAUGGCCCGCUGGUGGCCCGCUAUCCGGACGCUACACCUGUCCACGGCACAAAACCCAACAACAAGGUCUCAGACCCAUUACGCAUCCUCUUCUGCGGCUCAGAUGUCUUCAGUUGCUACUCACUAAAAGCUCUUCACGCCGAACACAAGGCCAACCCAGGUCUCAUCAAGUCUAUUGAUGUCAUGGUCCGACCAGGAAAGGCUUUUGGCAGAGGGUACAAGGAGAUCCGUCAAGUCCCCAUCCAAAACCUCGCCGAAGAACUUUCCCUCCCCAUCCACAUCCGCGAUACAUUCACCGGCUGGUCCCUGCCUCAAAGUCCCCAUGGAGAACCCAUCAACCUCAUCGUGGCCGUCUCCUUCGGUCUCUUUGUUCCUCCACGCAUUCUGAACCAAGCUAAAUACGGGGGGUUGAACGUUCAUCCUUCUCUGCUACCCGACCUCCGCGGCCCAGCCCCCCUCCACCACGCCCUCCUCAACCGCCUCUCCCACACAGGCGUCUCCCUCCAAACCCUCUCCCCCCAAACCUUCGACGCCGGCACCGUCAUCGCCCAAACCCCUCUCCCCGGCAUUCCCAUCCCGCACGCCUGCACGGUUUCCCAACUGCACGACCUGCUCGCUCCCCUAGGAGCCGAGAUGCUCGUUUCUUCUCUGCAAAAGGGUCUGCACGUCCCCCCUUUGACGCCCGUAAUCGACAAUACCAUCCCCCCUCUUAUCCCCUCUCCUGUCGAGAACAAGAGAUAUACGCACGCCCCCAAAAUCACCAAAGCCGACCAACGUUGGUCCAUCUUAAAACACUCAGCCGCGGACGCCGCGCUGAGAGCUCGAGUUUGCGGUGCCGGGUCCUUGUGGGCUAGUGUUUAUCUCCCACUUCCAGUUCCUGUUGCUGCUAAAGAAUCCUCCGAAAAGAAAGUCACCAAAAAAGAAGACCAGAAGGAAAAGGAAGAGGAGGAGAAGCAGCUUGAGUUGCAGCUUCCGCUCUACUACCCCCACCCCCUCGAGGAAUCAGCAAAGGGAUCUCCAAAGCGCAUCAUUCUCGAGGACGUAUCCGAGCUUUUCAUCCCCUCCUCUUCUGACGACGAUGCUGGACUUGAGCAAAAGUAUGAAGCCUACCGACGGAUUGUCCAAAGUAUGAACAGCGGCAAGUCCAGCUCCAUCGAACAGCUGGGACUUGAGCCUGUUUCCUUGCCUCAGCCGCACACUGAAUCCUCUUCAGACCCGCUCUCCUGGUUCCUGAGGUUGGGCGAGGACGAGUACGUUCAUGUCGAGACGACCGCUGCCAAUGGUGAAAAGGUGACGGAGAGAAAGCCGAGAGUGAGUUGGGCCUUGUGCACCAGGUUGGGACUAGAUGGUGGGAAGGAGGAAGAUAAGGGGGCUGUGACGUUUGUGAUCCCAGAAGAUGGAGGCAAGUUUGGUUUGUUGAGGGUAGGGAAAAUCAAGGUGGAGGGAAAGGGGGCAAAGCCGGCUAGACAGGUGAUGAAGGAGCUGGCUGUUAAGGCGGGUUAAGAAGUUUGAGACAUGGUGGUUCAAAAUGUAGGAUCAAGAUAGGUUGGCCAGGAGCACAAAU